AAGUGGUCUAGUCAACCGCCCACCACAGGAGACUGGGGGAUGUUCCACCGCCCUGGAUUUACAACCAUUUCAAGGAUAUUUGAACACAAAGAAGAAAUUUGGGGGGGGAUUUGGGAUUUCUAAACACAAUAUCGGAAUAGACUUUCAUCCGGAAACCCUGACGGUCAACUGACGUUUUAGCCCACAUGAUUCAGCGGCCGUUUUACCUGAGUAGCUGAAGAAUCAAGGAACAAACAAUGGAUCAAAACUUAUUUGGAGGAGUCCCCAGGUUUCUCACCCGCCCAAAGGCAUUCUCGGUGUGUGUAGGCAAGGAUGCGACACUGAGCUGCACCAUCGUCGGCAGCCCGACCCCACGGAUCACCUGGGAAAAGGACAAGCUGAAUCUGACAUCUGGUGGGCGCUUCAAGACAGUGGAGGAUGGGAAUGUGUACCGCCUAACCAUUUAUGACUUAACCCUGGAAGACAGUGGCCAGUACAUGUGCCGGGCCAAAAACAGCGUUGGGGAAGCUUAUGCUGCUGUAACCCUGAAAGUGGCCCUGCCAACAGAAAUGGCUCAGAGGGCGCCUCUUUUCAUGGUUAAGCCUACCUCUGCACGUGUAGGUUUGGGAGGCGAUGUUGUUUUCCAUUGCCGGGUUGCAGCUUACCCUGAAACCAACUUUGAUUGGGAGAAAGACGGGCGCUACUUGGGGGAGACUAACCGUAUCAAGAUUGUUUCCAACAGUGACAGCAGCACCUUAAAGAUCCAAAGUGUACGUAACCUAGACAGCGGCACCUACACCUGCAGGGCCCAGAACGCUGUUGGCCGUGCACACGCUGCAGCAGCUCUCGUUGUGGAUGCCCAGGAUUCCCACCACCUGGUUGCAGACAAGCACACCUCCCUCCUCUCUCACCUACAGAAGCGCAAAGAGGAAAUGAAGAAGGAUAUCGCUAUCUAUCGCACUGAAGAAAGCAACUCCUCUGUUUCUUCCUCCUCCACAGUCAACAUCAGAGAUGGUUUGAGUUCUCUGAGUCUGGAACAUGAGCUGAGGGCAUCUGUGCUGGCAAAGCUGCCCAAAGGUGUGUUCACCCGCACCUGCACAGUGACUGAAGGCAAACAUGCCAAACUCAGCUGCUUUGUGACGGGUCACCCUAAACCCCACAUUAUCUGGAGGAAGGAUGGAACAAACAUCAGCGAGGGCCGCAGGCAUGUCAUUUAUGAGGACCAAGCUGAGAACUUCAUCCUCAAGAUCCUGUACUGCAAGCAGAGUGAUAAUGGUCUCUACACCUGUAAUGCCACCAAUAUGGCUGGGCAGACCUACAGCGCUGUGUUGGUAACAGUCAAAGAACCUAAGGUGCCAUUCAAGAGGAAGCUUCAGGACGUGGAGGUGCAAGAGAAAAUGUCAGCCAUGCUGAUGUGCGAGGUGCCUCUUAGUGCCACACAGGCCAACUGGUUCAUGGAGGAAACACGGCUGGAGCAAAAUACCAAAUAUCGCAUGGAGCAGGAAGGCACACUACGUUGUCUCACCAUACACAAUGUCACCACUAAUGACGAUGGUGUUUAUAUCUGCGAGAUGAAAGAGGGCAGUCGCACUGUGGCUGAGCUCACUGUCCUGGGCAACAUUACAAAGAAGCUUCCUCGGAGGACAAUAGUUCCUGUCAGUGACACUGUCAUCUUUUGCGUGGAGCUGGAGCAUCCCUGCCCGGACGCCUACUGGACCCGUAAAGGCGAAAAGCUGAAGGAAGAUUCCCGUAUUUCCAUUGCCUGCACGCUCAGACAGUACACACUCACAAUUAGAGAUUGCCAGGCAGAAGACUCCGGAGAAGUGGCCUUUGUGGCAGGAGACUGCAAGACUUCCACUCGAUUCUCUGUCACUGCUGCAAGGAAGCAUCCUCCCGAUGCCCCAGUCGAUGCUGUGGUGCAGAACAAGACUGAAUCAUCCAUCACCAUUCAGUGGUCUCCUCCUGAUAGCGACCGCCCUGUGCCCAUCAAGGGCUACAUUGUGGAGAAGAGAAAGGUUGGUGCUCAGACAUGGCAGAGGUGCAGUGCUGGAGAAACCAUUGUUUCAACAGAGAUCACCAUCUGCAACUUCACCGAAGAAGCCAGCUACCAAUUCCGUAUCUCUGCUAUGAAUGACUUUGGCCAGAGUCCCUACCUGGAGGUGCCUGGAAGCUUCUACCUAGAACCCAUUGCUGAAAUCAGUAAAGGUCUGAUGAACAGCACUGCUAUCAUUGGUGAGGAGUUCUCUAUCUCCGUGGAGCUGUCUGCUGUUUGUUCUGGCUUCUGGUCUCUAAAUGGCCGCCUCCUGCGCAGUGGCGCCGACUACCUCAUCACCAGGUCCAAGAACACACAUACUCUGCUCAUCCGUGUCGUGACCAUGGAAAUGAACGGAACUGAAGUGAAGUUUGUGGGUGGAGGCUCGCAAAGCACUUGCAUCCUAUCUGUGAAGGUUCCUCCUGUUAGGUUCACUAACAAGUCAGAUCUGCUGGAGGUGAUCACCUGCAGUGCCCAAGCCACUGCUCAGCUGACUGCUGAGGUGUCGGAUUAUGAUGCACAGGUGGUUUGGAUGAGGAAUGGGCGGGAGGUGAAAAUGGGAAAAAAGUAUGAAUAUGUGAUCGUGGACCGCAAGAGGAUCCUGAUGGUACACAAUGUUACAGAGGAAGACGUGGGCAUCUACGAGUGUGUUUUAGCUGACGACAGAAUGCCCCUGAAGCUCACCCUUAAAGAUGAACCUGCCAAGUUUCUGAACAAAGCCAGAGGUCCCAUGGGUUUGUCAUCGUUACUUAAAGGAGAUCUUGAGCUGAGCUGUGAGGUAUCUCCUGCCAGUGCGGCCGUUGUGUGGAGAAAAGAUCAAGUGGAGCUCACUGAGGACCAAAGAGUUACCUUCAUCUCCAAAGGGACUCAAAGGAAACUCAUCAUCAAGCAUGCCAAGAAAAGUGAUGAAGGACAUUACUCCUGUGAGACAGCAGCAGACAAAGUCACAUUCCAGGUCAAGAUAAAAGAAACUCUAGCCGUAGCUGCCUUCUCCAACAAGGAGUCGGUCCAGAAAGAGGUAAAAGCGACUCUCUCCCAGAAAGCCACUCUUAGUUGCAAUGUCUCGGAUAGUAAGACAGAGGUGAAAUGGUACAAGGAUGGCAAGUUGUUGGUAUCCAGUAGGACGAUUUACUCAGAAGUAAAAGGCAGUACUCGUCAGCUGGUGAUAGAAAAGGUGGAGAAGAGUGAUGCUGGAGAGUAUACAUGCGAAGCUGGAGGGGAUAAGCUGGUCUUCAACAUAUUUGUGUCAGAGGCCCAGUCAGCUUUCUUUAACAAGGAGUCUGUCCAGAAGGACGUGAAAGCUACUCUCUCCCAGAAAGCCACUCUGAGCUGUGAGGUAGCUGAUACCAAGACAGAGGUGAAAUGGUACAAGGAUGGCAAGAUGCUAACUUCCAGCAAGACCAUCCAUACUGAGUCAAAGGGCAAGAGUCGCCAGCUGGUGAUCGACAGCGUGGAGAAAAAGGAUGCUGGAGAGUACCUCUGUGAGGCUGGGACUGAGAAGCUGGCCUUCAAACUCCUGGUAACAGACACACAACUCCAGUCUGCAUUCUCUAACAAGGAGUCUGUCCAGAAGGACGUGAAAGCCACUCUCUCCCAGAAAGCCACUCUGAGCUGUGAGGUAGCUGAUACCAAGACAGAGGUGAAAUGGUACAAGGAUGGCAAACUGCUGACUUCCAGCAAGACCAUCCACACUGAGUCAAAGGGCAAGAGUCGCCAGCUGGUGAUCGACAGCGUAGAGAAAAAGGAUGCUGGAGAGUACCUCUGUGAGGCUGGGACUGAGAAGCUGGCCUUCAAACUCCUGGUAACAGACACACAACUCCAGUCUGCAUUCUCUAACAAGGAGUCUGUCCAGAGGGACGUGAAAGCUACUCUCUCCCAGAAAGCCACUCUGAGCUGUGAGGUAGCUGAUACCAAGACAGAGGUGAAAUGGUACAAGGAUGGCAAAUUGCUGACCUCCAGCAAGACCAUCCACACUGAGUCAAAGGGCAAGAGUCGCCAGCUGGUGAUAGACAGUGUUGAAAAGAAGGAUGCUGGAGAGUACCUCUGUGAGGCUGGGACUGAGAAGCUGCUGUUUAAAGUACACGUGGAAGUUACUUCUACAGAAAUCCAGGCUAAAUCCGCUUUCCUCAACAAAGAGUCUGUUCAGAGGGAAGUGAAAGCUACUCUCUCCCAGAAAGCCACCCUGAGCUGUGAGGUAGUUGAUAACAAGACAGACGUGAAAUGGUACAAGGAUGGCAAGCUGCUGACUUCCAGCAAGACCAUACAUGCAGAGUCAAAGGGCAAGAUUCGUCAACUGGUGAUCGACAGCGUAGAGAAGAAAGACAUUGGAGAGUACAUCUGUGAAGUUGGAACUGAAAAAUUGUCAUUUAAAGUGCAGGCAACAGAGAUCCAACUGAAGUCAGCCUUCUCUAACAAGGAGUCAGUCCGGAAGGAGUUGAAAGCCACUCUCUCCCAGAAAGCCACUCUAAGCUGUGAGGUAGCUGAUACCAAGACAGAGGUGAAAUGGUACAAGGAUGGCAAGAUGCUGACUUCCAGCAAGACCAUCCAUGCAGAGUCAAAGGGCAAGAGUCGCCAGCUGGUGAUUGACAGUGUGGAGAAGAAGGAUGCUGGAGAGUACAUCUGUGAGGCUGGGACUGAGAAGCUGGCUUUUAAGAUACAGGUGGCAGAAGCCCCACCUGGCUUCUCUAAUAAGGAGUCUGUCCAGAAGGAGGUGAAAGCUACUCUCUCGCAGAAAGCCACCCUGAGCUGUGAGGUGUCUGAUUCCAGGAGCGAGGUGAAGUGGUACAAGGAUGGCAAGCUGUUGACUUCCAGCAAAGCAGUCCACACAGAGACAAAGGGCAAGCUUCGUGAGCUGGUGAUAGAAAAAAUGGAGAAAAAAGAUGCUGGAGAGUACACAUGUGAGGCUGGAACGGAGAAGCUGGUGUUUAAGCUGCAGAGUACAGAUGCAGCUGUCAAGUUCCAGAAGAAGCUUGUCAAGGACACAUGUAUUGUUCAAGCAAGUGAAAACAUUGUUUUGACCACUGAGCUGACCGCAGAGAGUGGUAGUGUGAAGUGGUUUAGAGAUGGUGUGGAGCUCAAGGAGGGCAGCAAGUAUGAAAUGAAAAAAGAUGGCCUUUCUCGUACCCUGAUAGUAAAAUCCACCGAAUCCAAAGACAGUGGAUCAUACUCCUGUCAAACUGCUGACGACAAGCUGGAGUUCAAAGUUCAAGUUAAAGAUUCAGCCUUAAAGUUUGUUGUCCCUUUGAAACCUGCUACCGUGGAGUUGGGAGGUACACUAAGCCUGGUGUGUGAACUAAAUCAAGCCUCAGGAGAUGUUGUCUGGCAGCAUGAUGGUCAUGAGAUUAAACCUGGAGGCAGGUACUGUGUCAGGACAGAUGGUGCAAAGCGGGUUCUCACUGUGACUGGCAUGACUAAAGAAGAUGAAGGAGAAUACAGCUGUGGCUGUAGAAAUGACAAGACCUCUGUUAAAGUGUCCUCAAAAGCACCCAGACUAGUGAGGCUGACCACCAAACUGAACAAUGUGGCUGCAAUGGAGGGAAAGGAUGCCAUUUUCAAGUGUGCUGUCAACCCAGCGGACGUCAGCAUUAAAUGGUUCCACAACAGUAUACCCAUCACUGCUGGGCCCAAGUAUAAGAUUGAGCAUGGUGGCAGCAGUCACUCACUCACCAUCACCUCUGUUAACCAAAAAGAUGCUGGAGAGAUUAGCGUUGACGCAGAAGGCAAAAGCUGCAACGCUACCCUACAAGUGCAACAUGAGCCUGUGACAUUUAAGAAAAAGCUAGAAAACCUGACCGUGGAGGAGCAGAGUGAAGUGAAGCUGGAGGUGGAGCUCAGUAAGGCAUCAGCCGAAGUGAGGUGGAUGAAGAACAGUGUAGUGCUGCAGCCGGCAGGAAACAUGGAGAUUCGAGUAGACGGAGCUAAGCAGGCUCUGGUUUUCAAGAGUGUGACUUACGCUGACCGGGGCAUCUACUCCUGUGAAACUCUGGAUGACAAAACCCACGCCAAACUCAGUGUGGAGAUGAAAAAGAUCCAGGUAAUAAAGGGCCUAACAGAAACCCAGGCGCAUGAGACAGAGACAGUGACUCUUGAAGUAGAACUCAGCCAGGCUGAUGUUGAAGGCUCCUGGACCAGGGAUGGGGCCAAGUUAAAGUCAGGGGCGAACUGCCGUAUCACAGCCCUUGGAAAAAAGCAUGCCUUAACGUUGUCCAAUCUCAAGAGGGAAGAUGCAGGAACUAUUGCUUUCCAAGCAGAAGGAGUACAUUCUUCUGGCAAACUGAUUGUCACAGAACCUCCUGCUAUGAUCUCCAAGCCCAUUAUGGAUGUCAGUGUGCCUGAGAAGGAGAAGGUUACCUUUGAAUGUGAAGUGUCUCGAACAAAUGCAGACGUUAAGUGGUUCAAGAAUGAUGUGGAACUGAAACCAGGGAAAAACUUUGGCAUUCAUUCCUUGGGCCGAAAGCGCACUUUGGUCAUCAACAAGUGCACCCCUGAAGAUGCUGGCACUUACAUCUGUCGCACUGCUGACGAUAACACCUCUGCCAAGCUCACUGUUAAUGCCAGAGAUGUUAAGAUUGUUAAGAAGCUGGAGGAUGUGGAGGUGAUGGAGAAGGAGAGUGCUGCGUUCGUUUGUGAAAUCUCACACGAUGACGUGGACUACCAGUGGUACAAAGGAAGUAUCAAACUCAAAGUCGGGGACAACAUCAAGAUGAGACAAGAGGGCAGAACCUAUGUACUACUGUUUAAAUCUGUUACCCCAGAAGAUAUGGGUGAGAUUCAAUUCACAGCUGAGAAGGCCUCUUCAACUGCAAAACUUAAAGUGAAAGAGCUGCCUGUCAAGUUUGUGAAGAGACUCAGGGAUAAGAUAGCGAUGUUUAAGCAUCGUGGUCAUCUUGAAUGCCAAGUGUCACGUGCCAACGCAAAGGUGAAGUGGUACAAGAACAAGAUGGAGAUCCAACCCAGCAAGAAGUACGAGAUCAAAAGUGAAGACGUGUACCGAAAACUCACCAUCAACGAUGUGGAGUCCGGAGAUGAAGACACGUAUACAUGUGAUGCCAUUGAUGACAAGACUUCCUGUAAACUACUUGUGGAAGAGCAGUCCAUUAGCAUUGUGCGGGAGCUUAGUUCAGUAGAAGUGACAGAACCAUUUGCAGCUGUUUUUGAAGUUGAAAUCAGUGUGGAACUGGUGAAACCUCCAACAUGGACUCUGAAUGGAGUUGCUGUCCAGGAGAGCGCUGAUGUUGAAAUGGAGAAAGAGGGCACUAUGCACCGUCUCACUUUCAAAAAGACCAAAGCAUCCAUGACAGGACCUGUGCAGUUUAGUGCUGGGAAGAGCAAAUCUUUAGCCCAGCUCACAGUUAAAGAGCGUCCGCUUGAGAUUGCAGAGCCCAUCAAAGAUGUGAAGGGGAAGGAGAAAAGCUCAGCCAUUCUCUCCUGCAAAUUCUCAUCUUCUCCUAAAGAGGUUAAAUGGUUCAAAGGUCAGGUACCUCUGGCAGCAUCUGACAAGUAUAACAUGAAGCAAGAUGCUACAAGGGCUCAACUUACCAUUCAAAGGCUGACUGAGGAAGACAGUGGAGAGUACCGCUGUCAGUCUGGACCUGCUGAGACCAAAGGCUCACUUACUGUUGAAGUGCGUGAAAUCAAGAUCACCAAGCACUUGGCUGACACAGAGGUUGAUGAAGACAGCGAUGCAGUGUUCACAUGUGAGAUUAACUAUGUGGAUGAAGAGGUACAGUGGCUUCUGAAUGACAAGGUGCUCUUCACCAAUGAAGUCAACACCAUCGCUCAUGAAGGGAAGGUUCACAAGCUCACACUGAAGAACUUGGCACCUCAGGAUGGGGGGACUAUCACCUUUCAAGUCCGUAAGGUGAAGGAGUCUGUGAAACUUAAGGUCAAAGAGAAGCGCGCUGUGUUCCUCAAGUCUCUAGAUGACGUCAUUGGCGAGGAGAAAGGCAUGAUAACUCUGGCGUGUGAGGCGUCCAAGCCCAGGGUUUCUCCCACAUGGAGAAAAGAAGGUAAAGUCUUGAAGGCUGGACCAAAGUAUGAGCUCCUUCACACAGGCAAGGCUUUGGGACUGAUCAUCAAAGACGUUACCAAAGAAGAUGCUGGAGAGUAUACUUGCGAUCUUGGAACUGAGGUUUCUAAAGCCAAGGUCACUGUGAGAGAGAUUGGCAUUGGAAUUACCAAAUGGCUGAAGUCAGCUGAGGUGAAUGAGGGAGAGACGUGUAGCUUUGAGUGCAUCUUAUCUCGUGAGAGCACAGAAGAGUGUUCCUGGACUCUUAAUGGCCAAACCAUUACAAAUGGAGGUCGCUUUAAAGUCACCAGUAAAGGACGCAAGUAUAUGCUGAACAUAAAGGAUGUGACUCCUGCUGAUGCUGGAGAGGUGAUCUUCAAUAUUAAAGACCUGAGCUCCAAAACAACCUUAACAGUUGAAGGCAAAGCGUCAUCCGUGUCAAAAGGACUACAGAGUGUCAGUGUUGUUCUAGGUGAAGAUGCUGUGUUUACCUGUGAGGUAACUCGGGCUAGUUCCACUGUAAAGUGGGCCAAGGAAGGCAAAGCCAUCAAAAAGAGCCAGAAGUAUGACAUUAGCCAAGAUGAUAAGGUCAUGAAGCUGACCAUCCAUACUGUGUCUGCUCAAGACUCUGGAGAGUACAGUUGUGAAGUUGUUGGAGGUGCAACUACCAAAGCCAAGCUGGAAAUCAGUGAGCCGAUCCAUAAAUUCACUAAAGCGCUGAAGGACAGCCAAGCAGAGGAGAAAGGCUCCGUGACCUUGCAAUGUGAGACUGCACAAACCCCAUCCACUGUGAUAUGGCUCAAAGGUCACACAGAGCUCGAGGCUGGAGGUCGAUAUGUGAUGUCCCAGAAGGAGGGGGUCUUAACUCUCACCAUCAAACAUCUGGAGGAAAAAGACACCGAUAUCUACACUUGUGACGUGGGCACUGCCAAAAGCAUGGCAAAGGUGACAGUAAACGCCCUGCCUGCCAGUUUUAAAGAGAAGCUCAAGAACCAAGAGAAACAGCAAGGGGAGACUGUGACACUUUGCUGCAAGUUAUCAAAACCUGCGACUGAUGUUCAGUGGAAGAAGGGCUCUGAAAUUGUCAAAGCUGGAGAGAAGUAUGAGGUGAAGCAGGAGGACACCUCUUGUGAGCUUCAAAUUAAGAAUUUGAAGGUUGAAGAUAGUGGAGACUAUUCUUGCAUGUGUGGAGACCAGAAGACAUCUGCAACUGUGAAAGUCACCGCAUUGCCGCCAACCUUCAAACAGAAGCUGGAGAGUCAGGAGGCUGAGGAGGGAGCCGACAUUACUCUGUACUGUGAACUCUCUGAACCUGGAGUUCCAGUGGAGUGGAAGAAGGGAACACAGGUCCUGAAGUCUGGAGAAAAGUACCAGAUGAAGCAGAAGGCCACUGUGAAUGAACUCCUGAUCAACAAAGUGUUGCCAGAAGAUAGUGGAGACUACAGCUGUGUGUGUGGAGACCAGAAGACCAAAGCUAGCCUCAAGAUCAAGGCACAACCAGUGACCUUCAAAGAGAAGCUGGAGAGCCAGGAGGCUGAGGAGGGAGACAGUGUUACUCUGUGCUGUGAGCUCUCUAAACCUGGAGUUCCAGUGGAGUGGAAGAAGGGAACACAGGUCCUGAAGUCUGGAGAUAAGUACCAGAUGAAGCAGAAGGUCUCUGUGAAUGAACUCCUGAUCAACAAAGUGUUGCCAGAAGAUAGUGGAGACUACAGCUGUGUGUGUGGAGACCAGAAGACCAAAGCUAGCCUCAAGAUCAAGGCCCAACCAGUGACCUUCAAACAGAAGCUGGAGAGCCAGGAGGCUGAGGAGGGAGACAGUGUUACUCUGUGUUGUGAGCUCUCUAAACCUGGAGUCCCAGUGGAGUGGAAGAAGGGAACACAGGUCCUGAAGUCUGGAGAAAAGUACCAGAUGAAGCAGAAGGCCUCUGUGAAUGAACUCCUGAUCAACAAAGUGUUGCCAGAAGAUAGUGGAGACUACAGCUGUGUGUGUGGAGACCAGAAGACCAAAGCUAGCCUCAAGAUCAAGGCCCAACCAGUGACCUUCAAACAGAAGCUGGAGAGCCAGGAGGCUGAGGAGGGAGACAGUGUUACUCUGUGUUGUGAGCUCUCUAAACCUGGAGUCCCAGUGGAGUGGAAGAAGGGAACACAGGUCCUGAAGUCUGGAGAAAAGUACCAGAUGAAGCAGAAGGCCUCUGUGAAUGAACUCCUGAUCAACAAAGUGUUGCCAGAAGACAGUGGAGACUACAGCUGUGUGUGUGGAGACCAGAAGACCAAAGCUAGCCUCAAGAUCAAGGCCCAACCAGUGACCUUCAAACAGAAGCUGGAGAGCCAGGAGGCUGAGGAGGGAGACAGUGUUACACUGCAUUGUGAGAUCUCUAAACCUGGAGUCCCAGUGGAGUGGAAAAAGGGAACACAGGUCCUGAAGUCUGGAGAAAAGUACCAGAUGAAGCAGAAGGUCUCUGUGAAUGAACUCCUGAUCAACAAAGUGUUGCCAGAAGAUAGUGGAGACUACAGCUGUGUGUGUGGAGACCAGAAGACCAAAGCUAGCCUCAAGAUCAAGGCCCAACCAGUGACCUUCAAACAGAAGCUGGAGAGUCAGGAGGCUGAGGAGGGAGCCAACAUUACUCUGUGUUGUGAGCUCUCUAAACCUGGAGUCCCAGUGGAGUGGAAGAAGGGAACACAGGUCCUGAAGUCUGGAGAAAAGUACCAGAUGAAGCAGAAGGUCUCUGUGAAUGAACUCCUGAUCAACAAAGUGUUGCCAGAAGAUAGUGGAGACUACAGCUGUGUGUGUGGAGACCAGAAGACCAAAGCUAGCCUCAAGAUCAAGGCCCAACCAGUGACCUUCAAACAGAAGCUGGAGAGCCAGGAGGCUGAGGAGGGAGACAGUGUUACUCUGUGUUGUGAGCUCUCUAAACCUGGAGUCCCAGUGGAGUGGAAGAAGGGAACACAGGUCCUGAAGUCUGGAGAAAAGUACCAGAUGAAGCAGAAGGCCUCUGUGAAUGAACUCCUGAUCAACAAAGUGUUGCCAGAAGACAGUGGAGACUACAGCUGUGUGUGUGGAGACCAGAAGACCAAAGCUAGCCUCAAGAUCAAGGCUGUGAAGCUAGCAGCUCCUCCUUCAACUACUAAACUGGAAUCUAAGAGGCAGGAGACCAAAGAAACAAUAGAAGCCAAGUAUCCUGAAUCUCCCGCUGUAGCUGCUAAAGACAAAAGCAAGAGGCAAGAGAUAAAUGAGACAGCAGAAGCGGUGGAACUGCCAACUACUGGACAGACUCCUAAACAGCAGGAGCUUCAGAGAGAUGCACGAGAGCCCAGACUGAGAGGUGAAGUUGAAAAGACUGCUACUGGAAUAGUUGCAAAACAAGAUACACAGAGGCAGAUGACCAAAGAGCCAACUGAAGCUAAGCCCGUCCUUUUCAAAACCCAGCUGCAGAACCUUGAAAUAAAUGCAGGGGAGAGUGUUAGUCUUCGCUGUGAGACCACAAAGCCAGGAGCCAGUGUGGUCUGGAGGCAUGGUGACAGGGUGCUGGCAUCCAGCAGCAAGUAUCACCUGAAACAGGAAGGAGCCAUAGUCGAGCUUGUCAUCUAUAAACUGCAGGGAGCUGACUCAGGAGGAUACUCCUGUGAUACAGGCAGCCAGAGGACUUCGGCUGUCCUCACUGUGCAGGAGGUCGAGGUUAACAUACUGAAAUUCUUGGAGAGCUGCGUUGUAUACGAGGGCGAAGAUGUCUGCUUUGAAUGUCUGGUUUCUCAUGAGGAGGCUCCUCUGGCCCAGUGGAAACUCCAGGACGUCCCACUACAGAAUAAUGAAAUGAACUUGAUCAAGACCGAAGGCCGGGUACACAGCCUCACACUCAGAGGUGUCACUGCUGCUGACUCAGGAACUGUCACUUUCACAGUGGGAAGCCACACUUCCACUGCUUCUCUGACUGUCAGAGCUGCACCUGUACUAUUCAACAAGGAGCUAGAAAGCCAAGAGGCCACUGAAGGAGACAAGGCCACCCUGUACUGCGAGACAUCCACCCCUGACUGCAAGGUGACCUGGCUGAAGGGCUCAACCAUACUCACCAAUGGGGAAAAGUACAGUAUGGAGCAGAGAGCUACCAUUCACGCCCUGGUCAUACACAAGCUGAAUGUGAAUGAUAGUGGAGAAUAUACCUGUGAUACAGGGGACAAGAGAAGUACCGCUUCCCUGACUGUGAAAGAGCAUGUGCGCAUCAUCAGAGAACUCUGCGAUAUUACUGUGACCACUGGGCAGGAUGCCGUCUUUGAGGUCGAGUUGUCACACUCCAGCGUGACAAACGGGGAAUGGUGGCUCGGAGACAACCUCCUCCAAAAUAAUGAUCUGAAUCAAAUGAGCAGCCAGGGCAGAGUGCACCGUUUGGUCCUGAAGAUGGUAACCACAGAUGAAUCAGGGGAUGUUGUCUUCGUAGUGGGAGAAGAGAAAAGUGUGGCCUGUCUUCUGGUGGAGGAGAAACCCAAAGUGCUAAUACUAGAGAAGCCACACAACACUGUGGCAUUAGAGGGUGAAACUGUCACGCUGGCCUGCACCAUCUCUGACCCCAAGGCCACUGUUACCUGGAACAGAAACAAUGUGGCCAUCCAAGCAGGUCUGAAGUAUGACCUGAGGAACAACGGCGCAUCCCACCAGCUUCGUAUCCACAACCUGGUGCCUGACGAUUCAGGAACGUACACCUGUGACACUGGAGAUGUACAGUGUGACGUCACCUUGACAGUGGAAGGUGCCCCAGCGGUCUUCCGCAAAGAGCUCAUUAACCAAGAUGCUGUAGAGGGUGAUGAUAUUAUCCUGCGCUGUGAGCUGUCUAAGCCAGGUGUUCUUGUUGAGUGGAGGAAAGGAGGCAUGAUCCUCCCGCACGGUAAGAAGUAUGAGAUGAGGAAGGAAGGGUGCGUUCAAGAACUCUGUAUACGGAACCUGGAGCCUGAAGACAGUGGCUACUACACCUGUGACGCAGGAGACCAGCUCACUACAGCUUCUUUGGUGGUGCAAGUGAAAGAAGUCUUCAUUGUGUGUGGUCUUAAGACCACCGACGUCUUUGUUGGGGAGUGGGCAACCUUCUCCUGCCAGCUGUCUGGUAGGGCACCUGGCAAGGUGCAGUGGUGGCUGGAUGGCACCUUGCUAGAGAACAGCCCCUUUAGCGAGAUAGGGCUGAGCCAGGGCUACAUCCACACCCUCACCUUAAAGAACCUUGCCACGGAUGACUCUGGCACUGUCACAUUCAAAGCUGGCAGUUUAACAUCAACAGCCAAGCUCUUAGUCAAAGAUCCCACAGUUGAAGUGGUGAGCGAGAUGGAGGACCUUCGGGUGGUCGAAAACCAACCGGCUGAGUUCAUCUGCCAGUACUCAAGGCCGGUCAAGGCUCAGUGGAAGAAAGACGGGCAGCCCUUGCAGCCUGAUGGCCGAAGGGUGGUAGUGGAGCAGGACUGGAAUGUCGCUCGCUUGUGCAUUAGCCAUGUGUCCGCUGAGGACAGGGGCACAUACUCCUGUGAGGCAGGGGGAACCUACGUGGUUGCUUCACUUCAUGUGGAAGUCAAAUCCAUUGACAUUGUCCAGGGCCUGGAGAAUGUAGAAACCUUUGAUGGAGGUGAGGCGCUGUUUGAGUGUGCCCUUUCUCGUCCUGAGAGCAAGGAUUGCCAAUGGCUUCUUGAUGGGAAACCAGUAAAGGAAUCCCCUAAUGCCGAGAUUGUGUCAUUUGAGAGUGGUCGUCGGCAUCUGCUCCUGCUGAAAGAGUUGCAUGUUAAAGACAGUUGCACUGUGAGCUUCAGAGCUGGCACAGCAUCCACAUCUGCCCAACUCUCGGUCAAAGGCUGGCAGCUGGACGUUGUGAAGGGUCUUGAGGACAAGGUGGCUGCAGUGGGAGAGAAGGUUGUGUUUUGUGUUGAGCUAACCGAGCCUGUCCCUGUGGCAGAAGUAGCCUGGUAUGCUAAUGGAGUAGAGAUCAAGUCCAGUGACCUCUGGGCUAUGAGGGCUGAUGGCUGUUCAUAUCGCCUUGUCCUGAGACAGGCACCUCUUUUGCCACAGCAGGAAAUUACAUUUGCUGCUAGAGAUGCUCUCUCUUUGGCUAAGCUCACCAUCAUCACUGUACCUGAUCCUCCAGAGGACCCAGAGGUCCUCAGUAAGACUGAACAUUCUGUCACCCUCUCUUGGUUCACUCCUCUGCAUGAUGGAGGAAGUCCCAUUCUGGGCUACAGGGUGGAGAUGCGGCUGGUAGAUAGUGCCCUCUGGCUUCCAUGUCAUUCUGAACCUGUGUGCAACACAGAGUUUGUGGUUGAAAAUCUCAUUUCAGGGAGUGGCUACAGGUUUAGAGUGGCAGCCAUCAACAGAGCUGGGACUGGAGAGCCUGUUGAGUUGCCUCAGACAGUGCAGCUUGGCAUAGAGGCAAACCAGGCAGAGACUGAGAUACUGGGGCAGCCCAGUCUGCCUCCAGAAGCUGCUGAAGAAGGUGAUGUCCAUGAGCUUUGGGAGGAAUCGGCAAAGAAACGGCGCAUGAGUCGAGAGCCUACUCUUGACUCUAUCUCUGAACAACCUGAGGAGGACGGUAAAGGUGGUAAAAACAAAUCAGGACAGAAGGAGCUGAAGGCAUCAGAGAAAGUGGAAAUAAAAUCAGGAGAGAAGGAGAAAGCCAUUGUGUCUAAGAAGCAGACAGAGUCUAAUUUGUUCACCAGCUCUGAGGAUGAGUCUGUUUCUGGGGGUUCAACGCUUGUAUCGUACCUUAAGAAGAGCAGCAAGUCGACAGUCACAGCGGCCAAUGAGACAGAGACUCUGACCACUGAGAGGUUCUUCGCACAUUUCCAGAUGGCAGAGCAGAGAACAGUGCAGCAGACUGAAGUGAAAGCAACCACAAUUCAGCAGACAGAUGAAAAACAGGUGUCUACAGAGGAGACUAACAUCAUGGAGAUCAGUAAAGAGGAUGAGCCUGAGCUCAGAGAGGCUGCCAUUAAGAUUCAAGCUGCUUUCAAGGGCUAUAAAGCCCGCAAGGACAUGCGCCCUGUCUUUAAAGAGACCUUCAAAGAUCAGACCAAAGAACCUAAUGGCACCAUACAUCUUGAAUGUGUAGCAGAAGGUAAACCUGAUAAGGUGCAGUGGCUGAAGGAUGGAGAACCACUGGCGGAUGGAAAGCACCACCAUAUUGAUAUCUACAAUGAUGGUACUUGCUCACUGGUCAUCACUGCCAUCACCACAAAGGAUACUGGGGUUUACACUUGUGAGGUCACCAACAAGUUUGGAGUCUCUUCUCACAGUGCUAAGGUCACAGUAGGAACGGUGAGAGAAUCAUCUGGGCGACGGCCUCUCACUGUAGGCUACAGUGCCGACAGCGAGGCUGAGAGCUCUUCAGGUAGUGAAAUGGAUGAGUCACUGAGGCAGGCGAGCAGACGUCUCCGUCGCCUCUUGCGUACUAGUCUCCCACCAGAUGUUGAGGAAGAACCAUUUGUCAGCGCAGAUGAAGGUGACCUGCGUCCCCCAGAUCCCCACUCUUACCGGGAGGAUGACAGUUACAUCUACAUUCGCUUUGACUCGUGGGCAGAGGCUGAGGUUGCCUCAAAAAGGUUCCAGGAGAUGUUUACAAUCCAUGGAGUUCCAGUGGAGACCACCAUCUUGGAGGCAGGGCCUCUUAAAGUGGAGCUGCGAAUUAGAAAAAUGGGCUACACACAAGAUGGCACACAGACCCCCACACAAGAUAGACAGCCUCCUGCAUUGCUGACUGGAGCCCCGGCUGCCCCAGUCUUCUUGACAGAGCUACAAAGUCAGGAUGUUCCAGACGGUUAUCCAGUCAGCUUUGACUGUGUUGUGAUUGGCAAGCCCCCUCCCACCGUUCGCUGGUAUAAGGAUGGCAAAUUGCUGGAGGAGAAUGACCAUUACAUGAUCAAUGAAGACCAGGAGGGAUGCCACCAACUCAUCAUUACCACUGUGCUGCCCACUGACAUGGGUGUCUAUCGUUGCACAGCUGAGAACAGCAGCGGCAUCACAGCCACUAAGGCUGAACUCAGGGUUGACAUGUCUUGCAGCUCUGAUUAUGACACUGCCGCUGAUGCCACUGAGACAUCUUCCUAUGUCAGUGCCAAGGGCUACGUGUCCAGGGAAACUGAGACAUUUGAGUCUGUAGCCGAAGAUGAUCAGCUACCACAAGUUGUGGAGGAGCUUCGUGAUGUUCAUGUCAGUCCAGGUUCACCUAUUGCUAAGAUGAAGCUCAAAGUAAAGGGUUUCCCCAAACCCAGAGUAUACUGGUUCAAAGAUGGCCACCCUCUGCGACCUUCAGAAAGGAUUCUGUUGCACUCAGAGAGAGACUUUCAUGGCUUGGACAUCCUGCGGGUGAAGAGAGAGGAUAUGGGGGAGUACUCUGCUUACAUCAGCAAUGUAGCUGGUUCUGCUUACUCGUCCGCCCGACUGAUAGUUCUGAAUCCAGGGGAGAUUAUGCCACAAGAUAAAAGAGACCCCAAAGAGCCCCUGGUACCACCCCGCUUCCUUGAAAGGUUCAGCAACAGGAAGGUGAAACAAGGAGCCAGCAUCACUCUGUCUGUCAGAGUAGAAGGGUCUCCCACUCCUAUGGUCUCCUGGCUAAAGGAGGAAUCAAUGGAAGAUGUCCUGUGGAUCAAGCCAGAUACCAAGGGAUACAAAAUAGCAAGCUCAGGGUGCCAACACAGCCUCAUCUUGAUGGACGUGGGCACAGAAUACACUGGGGCCUACACCUGUAUUGCUACAAAUAGGGCAGGACAGUCCAUCUGCACUGCUCACCUCGAGGUCGAUGACACACCACAACAAAAGAAAGAGACCAAAGCUUCAGAGGUUCUUGGAAUUACAGUUAGUUCUCCAGAAGGUGAGGCCAGCAGAGAGGCUAAAAUACCCUACCUUGGUGAAGUAGGUACAGAGGAAUUCCUCAUGAAACUCACCUCCCAGAUCACUGAAAUGGUAUCAGCAAAAAUUACCCAAGCUUCAUUACGCGUACCAGGUGUUGACAGUGAUGACGAGACCAAGACCCCUUCUCCAUCACCUCAUCACGGUCGCUCGCGUCCUCCCUCCCUCAUUGCUGACUCCUCCUCUGAGUCUGAUGAGGGGGAUGCUAGGGGAGAGAUGUUUGACAUCUAUGUGGCAACGGCCGACUACAACCCCACCAUGGCAUGCAAAGAAUCCAUCUCUCUAAAGGUGGGACAGUAUGUUGAGGUUUUGGACUCGGCUCAUCCACUUAAAUGGUUAGUCCGGACUAAACCCACCAAAACAACACCAUCCCGCCAAGGCUGGGUCUCACCGGCCUACCUUGACAAGAAACUCAAACUCUCUGCUGAUACAGGUGACCUUCCAGAGACCAGUGUAGAGGAGGUGUCUGAGGGUGAAUACAAGAGGAAAUUAUUCCAACUGAUCCAAGACCUGAUAAGUAGUGAAUCAGAGUUUGUAAAAGAGGUAGACUUCUUUACCUCCCAUCACCUGAAGCAUGCAGAUAGCCCUGAUGCACCGCCUGAUGUCAGCAGCCAGAAGGAUGCCAUAUUCAGGAACAUUGAUGAUAUCAAGUCCUUCCACCACAAGGCAUUCCUCCCAAAAUUGAACGACUGUGAGACAGACGAUGAUGUAGCCAUGUGCUUCCUGAAGAACAAGGAGGGCUUUGAGAAGUACCUCCAGUAUCUUGUUGGUCAAGGUCAGGCUGAAUCUGUUGUCAGUGACAAGGCCGUCCACCACUUCUUCAAGGAGUACAUUGAGAAAGAGCAAGCCAGUGCAGACCCUGCAGACCCCCCUGUACGCAGCAUCAAUGCCUGCCUCCAGCAACCACUGGAGAGGAUUCAGAAGUACAAGGCCGUCCUCAAGGAGCUCAUUCGAAACAAGGCAAGAAAUGGUCAGAACUGCUGCCUACUGGAAGAAGCGUAUGCCAUGGUAUCUGCACUCCCUCAGCGCUCUGAGAAUACCCACCACGUCUCCAUGAUCGAGAACUAUCCAGCCACACUGGAAGUAUUAGGAGAGCCAAUAAGACAGGGACCUUUCCAAGUGUGGGAAGGGGCUCCAGGAAUUAGGACAUCCUCUAGAGGUCACCAUCGCCAUGUCUUCCUGUUUAAGAACUACUGUAUAAUCUGCAAACCCAAGAGAGACAGCAACACUGAUACACAAGCAUAUGUCUUUAAGAACAUGAUGAAGCUGAAUAACAUUGAUGUAAAUGAGACAGUUGAGGGUGAUGAGCGUGCCUUUGAGAUCUGGCAUGAACGUGAGGACUCUGUGAGGAAAUACACCUUGCAGGCCCGAACUGUUACCAUCAAGAACUCGUGGCUGAGAGACCUCAGGGAACUGCAGCAGCGAUACAGCAUGCCUGCCUGGAGCCCUCCUGACUUUGAUGAAAUCCUGGCAAACUGCACAGCAGAGCUGGGACAGACUGUUAAGCUGGCCUGCAAAGCCACUGGAGUACCCAAACCUGCAAUUACUUGGUACAAGGAUGGACGUACUGUGGAGGCAGAUCCUCAUCACAUCAUCAUUGAGGACCCUGAUGGUUCCUGCACACUGAUCUUGGAUAACAUGACAGCGGAUGAUUCUGGCCAGUACAUGUGCUUUGCCACAAGCCCAGCUGGCAGUGCCAGCACACUCGGCAAGAUCACUGUUCAGGUGCCUCCUCGUUUUGUGAAUAAAAUGAGGAAUGCUACGUUUGUCGCCGGUGAGGACGCUCAGUUCACCUGUGUCAUGCAGAGUGCCCCAAGCCCCAAGAUCAGGUGGUUCAAAGAUAGCAGGCUGCUGACUGACCAGGAAAAGUAUCAGACCUACAGCGAGCUCCGUAGUGGUGUUCUGGUCUUAGUAAUAAAGAACCUGACAGAGAGAGACCUGGGACACUAUGAGUGUGAGUUGUCCAACCGUCUGGGCAGUGCCAAGUGUGCUGCGGAUUUAGUUCCACCCUCUGCUUUGGCUCGCACUGGUGAGCAGGCCAUCACUAUUGAAGUUACUGAGCAGGAGACUAGAAUACCAAAGAAAACCAUCAUCAUUGAGGAGACUAUAACCACUGUGGUGAAGAACCCACGUAUGAGGAGGCACAGGUCCCCUGGCCUGACUGUUGUUGGAGCCCACCGCUCGGAGACCUCCACCCCAGAGCCCCCUGCAGCCAGGCCGAGGAGGAUGCCCACUUCAAGAAAGACCACCAUCCCAACCCUCUACGUCACUGAACCCGACCGUGCUGAAGCCAGAGCAAUGGAGAGCAAACCCAGUUGGGUUGAGGUAGAGGAGGUCAUCGAGUAUAAGGUCAAUAAAUCCCCCAGGCUGCCCAGGAGGAGAGGCAUCUCACCUGCAGGGUCUGAUCGUGCAGCCACUCCCUCCAGACCCAAAAGGUCUCCACCAGAAAACCCAAACGCUAACAAUUCCAACAACAAGCUGGUGGAGCAGGCCUUGCAGGGAGAGGUCAGCAGCCAGCCGCCGUCCUGGGAUGAAGAGGAGAGUAAUGUUACUUCUGACUCUGUCUCUGGAAUCACCGGAGAGCCACAUGAGCUCUCAUCUGUCCUUACGGGAGCUGGAGAGGACAGCGAUGACCUGGAUGAUCAACAAACUGUCAUCUUUGAACCUGAUGAUGAAGAUGAUGAUCGUAACUCAUUCGGACUGCCAGAGCCUCAGAUUCUGACCCAAGGAGCCCGAGUCCUGAACCUCGAAGACUUGGAGGACUACGUCCCAGAAGAAGGAGAGACCUAUGGCUCCUCCAGCAUGCACAACCUUGCUGCAGAAAAGCCCUGUGAGAUCUCAGUGCUCCAGAGGGAGAUCGGCGGAUCCACAGUGGGACAGCCGGUGCUCCUCAACGUGGGACGGCCCGUAGUGGUCCCAAGGCAGAGGAGUGGCUUCUUCGGUCGCUUCAGGGAUCAUCUCUCCAGCAGCCUUUUCUCAUCUGCUGUCCCCCAAGCCAGCGGAGCCCGGUCCAGGACGGAGAGGCACGUGCCCAUCCAAGUGAGCCACGCAAAGCUGGAAGUGAAGCCUUCAUACUGCUCAGAGGUGCAGAGAGUUGAGGGUGGGCAACAGAGCUUUAAAACCAAAGUGUCAACGCAGACCUACGGCUACACAUCAGUGGGCAACCCAGUCACUCUUCAAAUCAGUGAUAACCUUUAUCAGAACCAGUAGUAGCAAUUUGGUACCAUAAACCAUCUUAGUCUUAAAUGGGGACAUUUCUACUUACAUGAUGCAUAAGACAUAUCCUAACCUGAAGUAUAUUUGCUGCAUUUGACAAACCAUUCCAUUUUGAAGCUGCCCAUCAGAAAACAGGCUCUGAGUCUUUUUCUUGCCAAGUGGUUAGAGUCAGAUGGUCUCUUUAGACGAGGCGAGUUGGAAAAUGUAGUUAUAACUAUGUCACUGUAAGUCAGUCCCAAACAGUGGACAGAAACCAAGAAAUUAAGGUUUGACAUUUUACUGAUGAACAAUUUCAACGACUGUUAUUGAGUUGGGAAAAAAAAGGAACACAUUUAAAAAAAAAAAAAAAAAAAAAUCAUGUUUCCUUC